CGUUGGGAGCGAUGGUUGGUAUUGAUGUGAGCGCUGACGUCUCCCUGUCAGAUAAGUGUGUGUGUGGAGGCCGACCUGUGGAACAGUCACACGGCGGACUGUCGGAGGGCAAAGUUUCCAGAGAGCGGUCCGUAUAUCCAGCUCUCUCGUCGUCCCCCGCCGAGGACAAACACAAGGCAGGCUUCAGCUGCACGAGGAGCAGUGAGACACCGAACCGGCGUGCGGGAAAGCUAGGCUACAUGCAGUGUGUAACGUUAACUUAGCCCGGACUGAGGACCGUUUUAACGUUAUGGUGCGUAUGCUCGGCUUUAGUUUUAACGAGCUCAGUUUGUGAUUAAAGGACGAAUAUCUGUGUGUACACCUCAGUGACUGUCACCUCUCUGGUCCCCUUCGCGGUUGUGUUUCAGCUUGUUCUCUCUAUGCUGUGCCGCUCUGUCCGCUCCCGUCCGCUGCACUGACCCGAGCCCCGCUGCCGGGUGACCUGCUGCCGGGGAGCCAUGGGUGGGAGUCUGGGCUGCCACCGCUCCAUCCCCAGGGACCCCACAGACUUCAGCUGCGGCAAGCGCAAAUUCAGCGCCGCGUGUAACUUUGGCCACAUUCUGGUGAACCAGGAGCGGCUGAACAUCAACACAGCCACGGAGGAGGAACUCAUGACCCUACCGGGAGUCAACCGCGCUGUCGCGCAGAAUAUUGUGGAGUACCGGGACUGCAUCGGAGGGUUUAAAAAGGUGGAAGACCUGGCUCUGGUGAGCGGGAUCGGGGCCACCAAACUGGAGGUGAUCAAACUGGAAAUAUGCGUCUCCAGCAGGACCAGUUCGUCACAGCACUCCCCGUCCUCCCUGCGCAAAGACCUGGAUCACCAGUCGUGCACCGGGAUGAACAUUAACACCGCCACCCCGGCGCAGCUCAUGAGCAUCCGAGGCAUCACGGAGAAAAUAGCCAAGAACAUCGUUGCCUACCGGGCCGAGCACGGCCCGUUCAGAAGCAUCGAAGACCUGGUGAGGGUCAACCACAUCAACAGCUCCCUGCUGGACAAAAUCCGCUUCCAUGUGUUCGUGGAGCGCUCCAGGGCGCCGUCCACCAACACCAAUGCAGGGCUGACCUGCACCACCAAGUCCCACCCCAGCCCGACUUCAUUCAGUCUCCGGAGCGACGACCUGGACCUCCCGCCCGGAGGACCGACCCAGAUCCUCUCUGUGCGGCCCAACGUGGAGCCUCCGUCCGGCCUGCGGGACGGGAAGCCCGUGGUGCGUGUGGCCACCUGGAGCCUGCAGGGCUGCUCCUGCGAUAAGGCCAAUAACCCGGGGGUCAAAGAGGUGGUGUGCAUGACCCUGCUGGAAAAUGACGUCAAGUUACUGGCCGUGCAGGACCUGCUGGAGCGGGAGGCUCUUGAUAAGUUCUGUGUGGAGUUAAACCAAGGAACGCUGGCCAGUGUACGGAAGUGGAAAUGGCCUCGAGGGCUGUGGAAAAGUGUUGUGUCUGAAAAACCCACUGGACGCUCCAGCAAGGGAGUGAGCUACUCGGGCUUUCUGUGGGACACUUCGUCUGGUAUUGACCUGAAGGAUGCUGCAGUGCUGGAGUCUCCUGUUGUCAAUGGCAACGGAAAUCAUUCCUACCCUCGACUGUACCUGGCUCACUUCUCUGUUGGUUCAUACGAGCUGACCGUGGUGAACGUCCACAUUCAGGCCACAGCUGCAUCAGGAGAGUCCAACGGCAAGAACCACAACACGGACGAAGCCAAGUGUCCGCACCUCCCGCCCAGCGUCCAGGAAACGCUCAAAGUUGAGAAGGAGUUGGUGCUGCUGGGAGAUUUUGGCUCCCCUGCUCAGAGCUCAGAGCUGGACAUCCUGAGGAAGGAGAAGCUCUGUGCCCUGAUACCGUCUUCCCAGUUCACCAACAUCAGCACCCGCACACCGCAGGGCACCCGCUGUCUGGACAACAUCUGGCUGAGCCGCUCCCUCAAGAAGAUCUACUCUGGCCACUGCAUGGUCAUUCGGGAGGGCUUGACCAACCCUUGGAUCCCAGACAACUGGUCAUGGGGCGGUGUGGCGUCAGACCACUGCCCCGUGGUGGCCGAGUUCUACGCAGACGUAUCCCCUAAGGAGUUGACUAGGCCUGGUAUGGCAGUGGUGGACAGAGUGGACGUGCCCAAACAUGAGCGGUGACAACAUCCACCGUCCCAGUAAAGACAGCAGCUGAUGACAUGGGACUUUGUCCUGCCUGGGAUCCUGCUUUGUCAUGGUUAGCUGUGGAGCAAAGACUUUCCUGAUGAAUGUGAAGAAGUGCCAAAAUUGCCUUUUGGGUUUCAAUUUAUCAAUGUAAAAAUAUUAACUAGUUGAAAGAGCCAUAAAAUGUUCA